AUGUUCACGACAGUACAACGUUCGCUGUGUUUUGCGCAGUGUAUUUUCCAGUUUUCUCACAAACGUAGUUUUUCAAAAAAUGGUGCAUUAUUAUAUGGGAAAAAGGUAAAAGUGGUGACGUUAGAUGCUCUAAACACUCUAGUUCGUUUACAAGAACCACCUGGACAUACAUACGCCAAAUUCGCAAAACUUAUCACCAAUGUACAGUAUAGUGGUAGUGAUUUAAAUGAAGCAUUCGAACGCAAUUUCAAAAAAUUAUCGAAAAUGAAGUCAUGUUAUGGUUAUGGUGAGAAUGGUGAAGUUGAGUGGUGGACUGAACUUGUGAAAAAUUGUUUUGCUGAUAUUGGCAACAAGAAAAUAGAGAUAAAUGAGGUGGCACAUAGGCUUUAUGAACAUUAUGGUACUAUCAAACCAUGGAAACUAAUAGAUACUCAGAUUCACCAGCAUUUAAAGCAACUGCAAGACCGAAGUAUCAGACUAGGUAUUAUAUCUAAUUUCGACAAACGUUUGAGAAAUAUCCUGGACAUGUUGAAGUUAUCACCUUAUUUCGAAGUGGUGCUGUUGAGUGGAGAGAUUGGUAUAGAAAAACCGAACAAAGAAAUUUUUACGAAGGCCGCAAAGUUGUUCCAAAUUACACAGAUGGAAGAAAUACUUCACAUUGGAGAUGAUGAGGAAAAGGAUUUCAGUGCUGCGAGAAAUGCCGGUGCUAGAGCACUCCUAUUGGAUUAUAGCGGACAAAAAAAUGAACCUACAAACUGUGUGAUUUAUUCGUUGAAAGAACUGAUUAAUUGGCUACAGUGA